GUCACGUCGCGACGUGGAGGGCUUGAGACGGCAGAUUUCGUUUGCGAAUCAAGAUGAGCUACAGCGGGCACGGCGAGUGGGGCCACUUUGUCGCGCUCACGCCGACACGCGACAGCUACCUCGAGGCGCGCGGCGAGCUCAAGGAGCGGCUCCUCCUCACGCGGUCUCCGCUGCCAUCGCCCGUGCUGCGCCCGCUCCGCCUCUCGCGCAAGACGGGCUGUCUGUACAACCUCAGCGCGCUCGACGACCAUGCUGGGCUGCCGGCCUCCAAGCCAACCACCAAAAUGACACUCCACGCGGCCAUCUACCCGAGCAUGCUGUGCCCGCGCAGUGAACCACGGGAGGUGCAGCUGGUUCCAUCCAUGGCCGCACCCGUGGCCGCGAAGACGGGGAUCCUCGUCCUGCCCGCCACGGCCUGGUGGGCAUCGGCGACCGAAGUGCGCGUUGUUCUGGAAGGCGGCCGCGUCGCGUGGGUGCCUGUGACACCCUGCUUCGAACCCAUCGCAGCCGCGCGCACUCGGCACUUUGUGCUCACGCCGGCCACGGUCGUCUGUCGCAUGCCAGGCGGCCGCGCGCUUCAGCUGACGUCGGAACAUGGCGCAAGCGUCCACUUCCGCUGCCCAUCCGCGACGGCCUGCAAGGCGUGGGUCACCGCACUGACGCUUGCGAUCGCGGACGCGUCGCGGAUACAGCACGACCCGGUCGCGUCGGCGCCGAUCCGCAUCCUCCCGAGCAUGCGCAGCCGGUAGUCGUCGUAGCAGCUCUAACUUAUGUAUUACACGUGCUCUUGUCGGCGUUGCAACUGGUCGCGUCGACCGCACUAUUAGCAGCCGCCUC